CACCCUGAGCACUGAGAAGCCUGUGACGUUCCAACCAGUGUGCGGAGUACUAAAUCCAUCUUCCUGUGCUUGCUGUCGAACAAGUAAGCAGCCACCAUGAGUACCGAUGCGGAGAUGGCUGCAUUUGGCCCAGCCGCCAUAUACCUCCGUAAGCCAGAGAGGGAGAGAAUUGAGGCACAAAACAGACCCUUUGAUGCCAAAACCGCAGUUUUUGUGUCUGAACCCAAGGAGCUGUACCUCAAAGGUGUCCUCCAGAGUAAGGAAGGGGGCAAAGCCAUCGUCAAAACUGAGAGUGGGCAGACUUUAACAGUAAAGGAGGAUGAAAUCUUUCCCAUGAAUCCUCCCAAGUUUGAUAAAAUGGAGGACAUGGCCAUGAUGACUCACCUCAAUGAAGCCUCUGUGCUGUAUAACCUCAAAGAGCGUUACGCAGCAUGGAUGAUUUAUACCUACUCUGGGCUGUUCUGUGCUACAGUGAACCCCUACAAGUGGCUCCCAGUGUACAACCCUGAGGUGGUGGCAGCCUAUAGAGGCAAAAAGCGCAUGGAGGCUCCGCCACACAUCUUCUCUGUCUCUGAUAAUGCCUAUCAGAACAUGCUCACAGAUAGGGAAAACCAGUCCAUCCUCAUCACUGGAGAAUCCGGUGCUGGAAAGACUGUGAACACAAAACGUGUCAUCCAGUACUUUGCUACAAUUGCAGCUAUUGGGGACAAGAAGAAAGAGCAAACUAGCAAAAUGCAGGGAACUCUGGAGGAUCAAAUCAUUUCAGCCAACCCUCUGCUGGAGGCUUUUGGAAAUGCCAAGACAGUGAGGAAUGACAACUCCUCUCGCUUUGGUAAAUUCAUCAGAAUUCAUUUUGGAACCUCAGGAAAACUGGCUUCUGCUGACAUUGAGACUUAUUUGCUGGAGAAGUCCAGAGUAACAUUCCAGUUGUCAGAUGAAAGGAGUUACCACAUCUUUUACCAGAUCAUGAGCAACCACAAACCAGAGCUUAUUGAAAUGCUCCUUAUCACCACCAACCCCUAUGACUUCCCCAUGAUCAGCAUGGGCCAGAUCACUGUGGCCAGCAUUGAUGACAAGGAGGAGCUGGUUGCCACAGAUACUGCCAUUGACAUUCUGGGGUUCACUGCUGAGGAGAAAGUUGGCAUCUACAAGCUGACAGGAGCUGUAAUGCACCAUGGCAACAUGAAGUUCAAGCAGAAGCAACGAGAGGAGCAGGCCGAGCCUGAUGGCACUGAGGUUGCUGACAAAGUUGGUUAUCUUACGGGCUUGAACUCGGCAGACCUGCUCAAAGCCCUGUGCUACCCCAGAGUGAAAGUGGGAAAUGAGUUUGUGACUAAGGGACAGACUGUUCAGCAGGUCAACAAUUCAGUUGGUGCCCUGGCUAAGUCUAUCUAUGAGAAGAUGUUCUUGUGGAUGGUUGUCCGCAUUAACCAGAUGUUGGACACUAAGCAGGCAAGACAGUUCUUCAUUGGUGAGAACCUGGCCAAGCUCAUGUCCACCUUGAGGAGCACCCAUCCUCACUUUGUGCGCUGCCUUAUUCCCAAUGAAUCAAAGACUCCAGGUCUUAUGGAGAACUUCCUGGUUAUCCACCAGCUGAGGUGUAAUGGUGUGCUGGAAGGUAUCAGAAUUUGUAGAAAAGGAUUCCCAAGCAGAAUUCUGUAUGGAGACUUCAAGCAAAGAUACAAAGUUCUGAAUGCCAGCGCCAUCCCAGAGGGUCAGUUCAUUGACAGCAAGAAAGCUUCAGAGAAGCUCUUGGGAUCAAUUGAUAUUGACCACACUCAAUAUAAAUUUGGGCACACCAAGGUAUUCUUCAAAGCUGGCCUGCUGGGUACCCUGGAGGAGAUGAGAGAUGAGAAACUGGCUGCCCUCAUCACCAUCACUCAGGCUUUGUGCCGUGGCUUCGUCAUGAGAGUGGAGUUCAAAAAGAUGAUGGAAAGAAGAGAGUCCAUUUAUAGUAUCCAGUACAACAUCCGCUCAUUCAUGAAUGUGAAACACUGGCCAUGGAUGAAGCUGUACUUCAAGAUCAAGCCUCUUCUGAAGAGUGCCGAGGCUGAGAAGGAAAUGGCCAAUAACUUGCAGCAGGAGAUCUCAGAUCUCUCUGAACAGAUUGGUGAGACUGGAAAGACCAUUCAUGAGUUGGAAAAAGCAAAGAAACAGGCCGAGACAGAGAAGUCUGAAAUUCAAACCGCGCUGGAGGAAGCUGAGGCAUCACUGGAGCAUGAAGAGUCAAAGAUCCUUCGUGUGCAGCUGGAAUUGACUCAAAUCAAGUCUGAAGUGGACAGAAAGAUUGCAGAAAAGGAUGAGGAAAUGGAGCAAAUGAAGAGAAACAACCAGAGGAUUGUGGACACCAUGCAGAGUGCUCUUGAUUCAGAGAUUAGGAGCAGAAAUGAUGCCCUAAGAAUUAAGAAAAAGAUGGAAGGAGAUCUCAAUGAGAUGGAAAUUCAGCUGAGCCAUUCCAACCGCCAGGCUGCUGAAGCCCAGAAACAACUAAGGAAUGUCCAAGGACAACUCAAGGAUGCCCAGCUGCACCUGGAUGAUGCCCUUAGAGGACAGGAGGACAUGAAGGAACAGGUUGCCAUGGUGGAGCGCAGGAACAGCCUGAUGCAGGCUGAGAUUGAGGAACUGAGGGUUUGCCUGGAACAGACUGAGAGAGGCCGCAAAGUGGCUGAGCAGGAACUGCUUGAUGUCAGCGAGCGUGUGCAGCUGCUGCACUCCCAGAAUACUAGCUUGAUCAACACAAAGAAGAAGCUUGAGAGUGACAUUGUUCAGCUCCAAGGUGAAGUUGAUGACACCAUCCAGGAAGCAAGAAAUGCAGAAGAGAAGGCCAAGAAAGCUAUCACUGAUGCUGCCAUGAUGGCGGAGGAGCUGAAGAAGGAGCAGGACACCAGCUCUCACCUGGAGAGAAUGAAGAAGAACCUGGAGGUCACAGUGAAGGACCUGCAGCACCGUCUGGAUGAGGCUGAGCAGCUGGCAAUGAAGGGUGGAAAGAAACAGCUCCAGAAGCUGGAGGCCAGGGUACGUGAGCUGGAAAACGAACUUGAAGCUGAACUAAGGCGUGGAACUGAGGCCAUUAAAGGUGUCCGAAAGUAUGAGAGAAGAGUCAAGGAGCUCACGUACCAGUCUGAAGAGGACAGGAAGAAUGUGAACCGACUCCAGGAUCUGGUCGACAAACUGCAACUGAAAGUGAAGGCUUACAAGAGACAGGCUGAGGAAGCUGAGGAACAAGCCAAUGCUCAUCUCUCCAAGUUCAGGAAGGCUCAGCACGAGCUGGAAGAAGCUGACGAACGUGCUGAUAUUGCCGAGUCCCAGGUCAACAAGCUGAGAGCCAAGAGUCGUGAUUUGAGCUCCAAGGUUAAGGAGGCAGAGUAAAGAAGACAAGGUGAUUUCUCAACAAAGAAAUUCAUACAAUAUGAAUUUCACGAUUUUCUGUUAGUAAUAUUUGAUUAAUAAAAAUAUUCUCCAGCAAGGA